CGCUCAAAUGAGCCAAUUUUGCCGAUCAGCCACUAGCAUUCAAGCCACGCAGAUUAGCAUUCAGCAUGGCGGUCUGUCUAGGUUUGGGCUAACUGAGCUGAAGCGAGUCAGGCUGUCCUCGCUCGAUCUCUGUCUCUCCGGAUUUCUCACACAUGACCGAGUCACGGUAAUCCACGCGGAGAUUAAACUAUUAUAUACUUUGACAAGGACCGCUGCUACUUGAACGGACCAGGUUUUGCGAUACGGUAUCCUCUUCCCCCAAGUUAUACUACGAUGAGUGCGGAAAAGAGCUUGGGCGGCGCCGAAAGCGAGGAUCUCGAGGGUGCUCCGCAGACAACCCAUGAGAGUGUCCUUGGCGGAGACCUUAGCGCUCGCGAGAGGGCUCUGGUCUGGAAGCAAGACUUGCGCAUUGUGCCCCUCUGUGCGAGCAUAUAUCUUCUCUGCUACCUGGAUCGAUCCAACAUAGGUGCGUACCCCCUAGCAUCUGACGUAUGGUAUGCUCACAGAUCAGGCAAUGCAAAAAUCCUUAACCAGGAUACUGGAAACGAUCUCCUUUCAGAGACGCAUAUGACUUCGUACCAGUACACUGUCGCAUUGAUGGUUUUUCUGAUCGCCUAUGCGCUGUUCGAAGUGCCUUCCAACUAUCUGCUCAAGAAAUUGAAGCCCAGUAAAUGGAUCGGUUUUCUCAUGCUUGCCUGGGGAGCAUCCACAAUGGGCUUGGGCGGCUCUCACAACGUUGCCCAGGUCACUGGCAUCCGGUUCCUACUCGGAGCCACGGAGGCGGGCCUUUUUCCAGGACUCGUAUACUAUGUGACCUUUUGGUAUCGCAUUACAGAGCGCUCCAUGCGGGUCGCCCUCAUCCUGGCGUCAGCCACCCUUGCCGGUGCUUUUGGUGGCGCCAUUGCGUAUGGUAUCGGACAUAUGAACGACGUGCGCGGCCUAUCAGCAUGGCGAUGGCUGUUCAUAAUCGAAGGCGCUCCGUCCUGCGCCUCGGCCUUCCUCGUCUGGCUUUUUCUUCCUGACUACCCCGAGUCAGCCUCAUGGCUCAGUCCCGAAGAGAAGAUUCUUGCUGCCCAGCGAUUGCAAGCAGAAGGCUCCCAGGGAACUGCAAAGGCCAUGAGCUGGAAAGAUGCGAAGGAGGUUCUGACAGAUUGGAGGUUAUAUGCGCACUAUAUUGUGUACUUUGGCAUCUCUGCCCCGUUUUCCAGCCUUUCAUUGUUCACACCUGCGAUCGUCAGUGGUCUAGGAUAUUCGAAUCUGCAGGCGCAGCUCAUGACGGUGCCGCCAUGGGCUGCCGCCUAUGUAGUCACGACAGUCGUCGCUUGGUCCGCCGAUCACUUUAACAGUCGUGGUCUUCAUUCCGCCAUCUUUGCCUUUAUUGGAGCUAUGGGCUUCCUCGCAUCUGCCGUUCUCCCCGCCGAUGCAUAUCUGCAUCGGUACGGCUGUCUCGUGGUCGCAGCGAGCGGGUCAUUCGCUUGUAUUCCACCAUUGCUCGGAUGGCUGUCGGCCAAUAUGCGCUCCACAGCCGGAACCGGAUUAGCCAUUGCGUUAAAUGUAUCCUUCGGUGCGCCCGGACAGAUUGUCGGCGUAUGGAUUUAUAAACCCGACGAGGAGAAAAGGGGCUAUCCGACCGGGCAUUGGACGAAUGCGGCGUUGCUUCUGAUGGUCACUGCAGGAUGUAUUCUGCUGCGAUUAUACUAUGGAUGGAGGAAUGGACGGACAAAAUCGGGGGAGAUGUUCGCUUAUUGAGUCUGCCUAUAAGUCGAAUCUGCUCUGUGGUGUGCAGACAAGGUGGCAAACGUUCUUCAAGAAUGCAAGACCUUGUCGCACCCACCAACAUAAUCUUCAUCCUCAUCCUCGCCUAAUCAGUUCCCAGUAUCCCGACUCCAGUGGCCAAAAACCAGCUCCACUUAAUAUUCUUCUUCGGGUCGAGUAAAGAUGGUGCAUGGGUAAGGACGGGAGGAUCGUGAGACCGAGUCAUGCUAGGGUGGGAAAGAAUGGCAAUCAGCUAAGAAAGGACAUGAAAGGGAUAGCUGGGCGGGUCUUAAAGGACGGAACUAUCGAACUUACCGAUUUAAGACGAUAGGAGUGAGAACGUGAAGGG